CCCUCCGCCGCUCCCCCGGCACGCCCGCAGUGUAUGCUACUUGACGCUAAAGAUAAGGCAGUAUCAAAGUACCGUAGGCCGGGAACCUCCCUCAAAGCGUCGUCAUCCAAACCCAAAGUCCGAACGUCGACACAAAAAGUCUCCCGCGCCCACCCACAACCAGCUAGUGCCCUGGCGCAACUCACCAGUUUCAGCAUUUCCCUUCCAACUUCAACAUCCCAUCUUCAUCACUUCUCAGACUUUCUGGCAUCAUCCCAGCUUUUUCGGUCUCGCUACCUACUUCUUAUCUACAGCUUGAGCUUGAGCUCGUUCCCCUACAAGAACGCCCGGUCCACACCAGCUCAGCUCAAACCAUAUUGAUCAGCAUAGAUUCACGACCGACCGAGCUUGGCCUUCAACAACCAUCUUCACCCUCGUCCGUCGCAAUCGACGUUGAAAAGGACGGGGAACUAUGACGACCUCACUCCCCCAAGAACCAAUCUGCCUCCUCCGCCGCCUAAAAGACCUCGCCACCCUCUCAACCUCCUCCGCCCCCUCAAAGAAAUCAUACCCUUCCAUCAAGAGCAUCCCGCGCACAUCCCCCUCCCGUCUCGCAGCAGCGGCAGCGUCUCCAGACUCAUCCAGCAGCGAUGCAUUGUCCACCACCACCACCACCAUCGAAGCAGCAGCAGCAGCAGCAGCAGCAGAACAGGCAUCAGUCCUCUACCUAGCCUACGGCUCCAACCUAAGCGCAGAAACCUUCCUAGGCGCCCGCGGCAUCCGCCCAAUCUCCCAAGUAAACGUCUCCGCCCCGGGUCUCUCCCUCGUCUUCGACCUCCCCGGCCUGCCCUACACGGAACCCUGCUUCGCUAACUCGGCGCCUCGGAAGAUCCCUAACCUCCCGGAUCCGAGCGAUCCUCCCAAAUUCCCGCCUGUGCCGCCGCUACCGCCUCCGGCCGAGUCGAAUCAGAAGCAGAAGCACUCGAGCAGAGGAAAGGAGAGCGCCACGACACCGACGACACCAGACCUGGGCUGGGACAAGGGCCUCUUUGGCGUAGUCUACGAAGUCACACCCCAAGACUACGCCACAAUCGUCGCGACGGAGGGAGGCGGCUCCUCCUACAAGGACAUCCUCACCCCCUGCAUCCCGCUCCCGCCCCGCGUCUCCGUCCCCGAGAAGCCGCCCAUCGAUAUCCCGCGCCCGUUCCUCGCGCACACGCUCUUUUCCCCGUCCAUCCCGGACGCCGAGCCCGAGGAGCCUGACAACGCCUCUACCUCAUCCUACAACUACACCCACAACUACGACAACAACACCAACGACGACGACAAAACCCCAACAGACCCCCGCAAAAAAUGGUACUACCGCUUCCUCCGCCCAACCCGCCGCCCCGACCCUACCUACGCGCAACCUUCUCCCCGGUACUUACACCUCAUCACCUCCGGCGCGGCAGAGCACGAGCUCCCCGACGACUACCAGCGCUGGCUCAACUCCCUCGUCCCUUACACCCCGACCUCGUCACGACAGAAACUCGCGCAGUGGCUGCUGAAGGCGCUCUUCCUCCCCGUGUUGCUGGUGUUCUUCGCGCUGAAUAAAAAGGUGGCCAACAAAGAAGGAAAAGUGCCCGUUUGGUUGGGUGUCACGUUGGGGAUUGUAUUUAAUUUACUUUGGAUGGGGUAUGACGCUGUGUUGAGGCCGGUCUUUGGGGAUGGGGAGAGGACGCAGGAGGAGGAUGGCGAUGAGAAGGACGGGUGGGCCAGGGGCAGGUCGUGGAGGGGACGUGGAGGUGCUGGGUGUGGUGAUGAGGAGAAGAUGGGAUUACUCGAGAAUAUGGACUGAGCAUAUGUUCUGAGAAUGUGACUAGAAGGGGCAUAUAAGUAAUAUACGCAGAGAAUCACGUUUUGAAGGAUCUGGGUUCCGGUUAUUAUGAUAUUCUCCGUCAGAUCACGAGGAGGCCCAUAUCCAUAUAAUCAGAUAUUGGAAAAGCAAAAAGAGUUCACCAGCAUGGCUACAUCUAUUGGCGAUAAUUAUCCGUGCUCACGCUGGGAUUUGAACUCGGGUACUCGCUAAGCCUGUCGUCGAGUAGGCUGGUUGGCGUUGGGAAUUUUCUAUUGUCGACCAUGAAGCACUUCACCACCCAGCCAGUUUGACCUGAUCCG